GCCAUUGGAGGGAAUGUUCCUGCUGCUUGCACGGGCAAAAGCAACACAGAGAGGACAAAGAUCUUCCCUUCGCUGAGGAUAGUGGGAAGAGUCGCUGCAGGGGCGAUAAGAAAAUGCAUUUUGCACCAAAACUUGCGUGACAGUGAUGAUCGCCAGAGCCAUCAGCAAAAAAACACACUUAUUUUCUUUUUUUCAUUUGAGCCUGUGAUCAUCAGUAAAGAAAAUGCAGAUUGUGUUGUGUGUCGCCGUGCUGCUUUACCUGAAGGAGUCUGAAGGUGCAGAGCCCAGGUCAAAGUGUCCCACGAGGUGUGACGUGAGUACAUGCCCUAGUCCCAGCUGCCCCGGCGGCUACGUGCCCGACCGUUGCAACUGCUGCCUGGUGUGCGCCCUGGUGGAGGGCGAGCCGUGCGGCCGCAAGGACGAUCUUCCCUGCGGGGACGGGCUGGAGUGCAAACACCCGACUGGCAAGCUCCUGCUCAAGGGCAUCUGCCAGUGCAAGCUGAGCCAAGAGGUGUGCGGCAGCGACGGCAAGACGUACGGAAACGUGUGCCAGCUGAAGGCUACCAGCAGGAGGGCGCUGCAGCAGGGACUCCCUGGAAUCAGCCAAGCACAAAGAGGAGCCUGUCAGACCAGCACAGGUCCGACACAUACUGUCAGUCCUCGAUACAAGUUCAACUUCAUCGCUGACGUCGUUGAGAAGAUUGCGCCGGCUGUGGUUCACAUAGAACUUUUCCUCAGGCAUCCUCUCUUUGGUCGGACUGUCCCUCUGUCAAGCGGAUCGGGCUUUGUGAUGUCAGAACAUGGUCUGAUCGUCACUAACGCUCACGUGGUCUCUAGCACGACACCAGUGUCGGGUCAGCAGCACCUCAAGGUCCAGAUGCACAAUGGUGACAUGUAUGAAGCCAACAUCAGAGACAUCGACAAAAAGUCAGACAUCGCCACCAUUAAGAUCAACCCUCAGAAAAAGCUGCCAGUUCUGCUGCUGGGUCACAGUGCAGACCUGAGACCAGGUGAGUUCGUAGUGGCCAUCGGCAGCCCCUUCGCCCUCCAGAACACUGUCACUACAGGCAUCGUAAGCACCGCCCAAAGGGACGGCAAGGAGUUGGGCCUCAAGGACUCGGACAUGGACUACAUCCAGACUGACGCUAUUAUCAACUAUGGAAAUUCAGGAGGGCCUCUUGUCAAUUUGGAUGGCGAGGUGAUCGGCAUCAACACCCUGAAGGUGGCCGCGGGCAUCUCUUUUGCCAUUCCUUCAGACAGGAUCACUCUCUUCUUGAACGACUCCCUGGACAAGCACAGCAAAGGUGGGUCUGUCAGUCAAAAUUUAAGUGCCUGUCGCAAAUGCAACCAAUUGUGUCUUUUUCCAGACGUCAGGUCGAUAAAGAAGCGUUUCAUUGGAAUCAGGAUGCUGACUAUCACAACAGCGCUAAUUGAAGAACUAAAACAGCAGAAUCCAGACUUCCCAGAUGUUAGCAGCGGGAUCUAUGUCCACAAGGUAGUCCCCAAUUCACCGGCGCAGAAAGGCGGAAUCAAAGACGGUGACAUCAUCGUCAAGCUGAACGGCCGGCCGCUAAUGACCACAGCCGACCUGCAGGAGGCGCUGCAGGAGGAGACGGCACUGCUGCUGGAGGUCAGGAGGGACAACGAUGACCUGCUCUUCAACAUUGAACCAGACCUCAUCAUGCAAUAAAAGGCGCUUAGUGGGACUUGACGAGACCAACACAGAAGACAAAAUUUAGGCUUGCCAGCUCAGCACUUCCAAAAGUGCAAAAUACAUGAUUGCAUCAUUUUCACUGUCCUAAAAAUGCUUUUGCGACAUCUCAUGUUGGACAUUAAAUUAGGUGUAAGGAGGGAAUAAGUGGUUAUUUUUGCUGAAGAGGGUCAGUGACUUGCAAGUUGCACUAUAGACAGACAUUGGUAGAAAUGCCACAAACGUGGUCAAAUGUUGGAAAAAAAACACAAAAGUGAAGUAAAUAUUCGUCUAUGAAA